AUGAACCCGACACCGGCAUCAUUGCUCCCCUCUACACGCUCCAGCGGAGGUGACUCUGACGGGGAUAGCGACAACGACACCAUUACGGGGGUAUUCCAUCGGCUCGAUCCGCACCGUGCGAAGCUCGUUCUCGUGCAGGUAGUUUUCAGGCACGGCGCCCGAACGCCGCUGAGCAGCAUGCCAGAGCUAUGGCUGGGCCAGCAGUGGGACGUGUGCGGGGAAGCCUACCAGGCCGCUGACGUGCGGCUCGUCUCCACUGCAGGUGUGGAGGACCCCCCAUCGAAACGGAACCUGCGACAGCGCUCAGUUAUUUUGGAUGGCGGUUGCCACAAGGGCGAGCUGACACUGCUGGGUCAGUCCCAGGCCCUGGAGCUGGGCCGGUGGCUCCGGAACCGUUAUGUAGAGGAGGCCGCGUUCUUGCCGCCAAAGCACCGAUCGGGUGUGUUGGAGGCUCGCACCACGAACUUCUCCCGGACCAUCGCCACCCUGCGGGGGGUGCUGACGGGGCUGUACCCGGACCUACCAGUGCCGCAGCAACAAGGACGGCAGCAAGGACGGCAGGGGCAGGGGCAGGGGCAGGGGCAGGGGCAGGGGCAGGGGCAGGGGCAGGGGCAGGGGCAGGGGCAGGGGCAGGGGCAGGGGCAGGGGCAGGGGCAGCAGCAGCAGCACGACGAGGGAGACGCCCAGUCUUCAUCGUCUUCAUCGUCUUCAGUGCCCCGGGUGACCACCUCCGGGGACCUGGAUGAGAUCCUCUACGCUGACACCGGGGCAUGUCCCCACCUGGGCUCGUUCCAGGCCAUGUCCAGGGAGGCCGGCAGGGCCGCGGUCCGUUCCGAUCCCGAGUACAUGUGGGCAAGGGAGGAGCUGCUGAGGCUGCUGAAACUGAACCCCACUGCCUUUGACUCGAACCGGUGGAUAUUCACCAGCCUCCACGACGUGCUCACCGCCCUGGAGGCCCACGGCAAGGCACUACCACCCGGCUUCGAGCACCAACCCCGACUGAGGGCCGCUAUCAACCGACUGGCCACCAAGGAGUUCAGUGCCGAGGUGGCGCCCAGUGUACGGGACUCCCAUGGUCGUACUGUACUGCGCCUCAGUAUGGGUCGCUUGCUGCACGUCCUGGUGGACAACAUGCAGCAGACGACGACGGCGGCGGCGGCGGUGACGGCGGCAGCUGCGGGGUCGGGGGCAGGAGCAGGGGCGGCAGCAGGGACGGUGGCAGCGCCGAAUGGUGGCCGCCAGUUUCAUCCGCUGAUAUAUUUAUACAGCGGUCACGACAGCACCAUCAUGCCGAUGCUGUCCGCGCUGGGUGUGGACGUCACCGAAUGGCCGCCGUACCUGUCUAACCUGGUUCUGGAGCUGUGGCAACUAGCUCCCAACGCGCCAGGGGAGGAUAAGCCCCGCCAUGUCGUACGGGUCUUGUAUAACCAGCAGGAGCUGCCGCUGCCGCACUGCCCUCCGGGUGGGUCGAGCUCCCCGGCCCUCGCCUACAUCACCCAACGCCCGCCUCGCCAUCCAUUCACUCACGCGGCGGCCCUGGCAGGCUUCCUACCCUCGCUCGACACCUUCACUCGGGAGGUUGUCGGGCCCUUCCUGCUGUCAGCGCAGCGACACCAGGAGCUAUGCCGAGUCAAGGUGGAGCACGACGGGGCCAUGCCGCAACCCAAGGCCAGGGCCAAGACCGCGUCCGUGACUGCCGGCGUGUAA